AGGAUUGUGCAGAUUGAGCGCGCAAUUUGAGAAUAACGAAAGCAUCCUAAAAUUGAGCAGCGCAAUCUACCGAUUGGGCAAAUACCUAAAAUGCGCUCAAACAUCUGUCAAAAAGGAGGCAUCCAUGUUAUGAUGUGUGUGCUUGACGACGUGCAGAAUUGGGCUUCUUGUAUGGACGUCCGGCUGUAAACAAACAGUUAAUGAAAACAGCAUGUCAACAUGAUCGAUUUGUCGCUCUGUGUAUGUAAUAAAUUGUGUCACGAGUGUUAAAAAGUAAUACUGUGUGACCCCUUGCAGUUGAAUGGUCCUUUCUCUAAUCCUAUACCUCCAUAUGGACUAGCAGAGUUUAUGUCCUGUUUAUGGCUAGACUUGUGUCUGGUGCUAGGUGGUAGUAAGUACGUAGACACAGAUUCAGUGUUCUGCAUUCUGCUUUGCAACUGUCAAGAGAACGUGCCACGCCUACAUUCCUCUAUUUGUCCAUCGUCAAACUUUAAAGGAAGAAGAAGAAGAAACUGCUUUUUAUACGUCGUUCCGGAAUUCGUCUUCAAUAUGCAACCAACGGCAAUGUUCGGCAUCCAUCUUUGUAGAGCUAGGACAUUCAAGCUGGGCUUGUUGUGGUUAACACUGUCAACAUGUGCUAUUGCUGUUGCUGUAAAUACAACAGUUCUACCGCAAUCGCCUGCUCCAGCUGAAUUCUCUGUACGCCUUGUCGGUGGUUACAGUGCCAGCAGUGGACGAGUUCAAAUCUUCAGCGGGGAAGCAUGGGGUAAACUCUGCCUUCCACGCUUUACAUGGACUCUGAAAGAAGCCAUCGUUACCUGCAGGCAGCUCGGCUAUCCCACAGCGUUGUCAUCCUGGGAGGUAUUGGAAGACUACUCAAUGGAGGGUGUCGGGACGAGAGAUAUUUCUUGUAUCGGUAACGAAACAAGGCUUACGGAGUGUGAUUAUGAGCCGUCAAAGAAUCAUUGGUGUGGCCAUGGUUCGCCCAGAAUGUAUGAUGUACUGGUAGUGUGUAAACCUAAUGAAGGUGAUUCUGAACCGCCAUAUCUCCUGGAGUUAAUUUUUGGCAAAGACGACACAGAGGGCAGUAUUCAACUGAGGCCAUUUCAGUCUGACUGGAUGGUUUGCAGCGAUUCGUUCGACACAAGAGACGCAACAGUUGUUUGUCGUGAAUUGGGUUAUGAGUACGCGCUCGAGACCUUCACAAGCAAUCAAUUCUAUACGGAUCUGGACUCGUACUCCUAUGGGCUGCGAUUCCUGGAUUGCGUCGGAAAUGAGAAGUACUUGCUGGAGUGCCCUCACAGGAUACGACCGGCUGAGUUUUGCGACGCUGAUGUGAGUGGGGUCAAGUGUAGUCUGGAGCCUUCCUCGCUUCCAGGAGAAAAAAUCCGCUUGGCUGGUUCUGCUAAUCCAGACGAGGGGCAUUUACAAACGUUUUAUAACGGACAAUGGUGGAAUAUCUGCAAUGAUGGGUUAUGGAGUGAGAGGGAAGCUAACGUUACUUGCCGGUCAAUGGGUUUUGCUGCUGGCUGGCCGCUGUACACUCUACGCUACACUCAAGAAUACAAAGAUACAAGCUCCAGGGAUGCACUGAUAACUGGAUUCAGAUGUCACGGUACAGAGAGCAACCUUACACAGUGUCUGUUUGACAUCAGUCUAACGACCAAGUGUGGAUUUUAUGAUAUCGCUGCUGUUCACUGCUCCUCUACAAGCCUUGUUAACCCUUCUGUGCCAUAUGGAGUUAAACUGCGUCUUGUGAAUGGUGAGUCUCAUACAUCUGGUCGUGUUGAGGUCUACCAAGAUGCUAAAUGGUGGAGCGUCUGUGGCCUAUCUGGUUGGGAUCGUAACGCUGCUAUGGUGGUAUGUCAUCAGCUGGGAUUUAUUGAUGCUAUAUUCACAGGUGGGUGGGGCACGUAA